CUCCGCACCUGCCGCCUGAUGGGAACUGUAGUUCUGGGAGCAAGCCCGGCUCCCUUGGAGGCACCGGGAACUACAUUUCCCGAGGAGGGACCGGCGCCUGCAGGCUGCGUGUUACCGGGGGGACGCAGGCCGCAGCCGGGGCGAGGACCAGAGGGCGUUUGGGGGCAGCCCGUAAAGGGGGCGCCUUUUCCUGCCCUGCUCUUGGUGAUCAGGCGGUGCCAUCUGUGUCUCCCGUGCCGCACUGCCCUGCGCCCCGCUGCCCGGCCCCCGUGGUAGUUUUUCCUGGUCCCCGCAGGGAGUUGGGGCCUCGAGGUUCCGACGGAGCGGCCGUUGCUCCGCGCUGGGGUCUGGAUCGCGCUCCUCUCCGGCCCCGUGGCGGCCCGGCCCCUAUGGGCCCGACCCGGAAGCCCAACGUGUGCCGCCGGCUGAGCCGCCGGGCGCUGGGCUUCUUCUCGAGCGACGCGGGCGCGGUGCAGAGGACGAACCUGGGCAUCCUGCGGGCGCUGGUGUGCCAGGAAAGUACAAAAUUUAAGAAUGUUUGGACUACUCAUUCCAAGUCACCUAUAGCCUAUGAAAGAGGAAGAAUAUAUUUUGAUAAUUAUCGGUGCUGUGUCAGCAGUAGAAUCACAUGGCUUCUUAGUAGAUUACCAGUUUAUUAUCAAAGGAACAGCCAGAUGGAAGAGAUGCCUAGGACAAGUGUUGCAUCAGAGCCAAGAAAACUUUAUGAAAUGCCAAAAUGCUCCAAAUCAGAAAAAAUAGAGGAUGCUUUAUUAUGGGAAUGCCCAGUGGGGGAAAUGCUGCCCAAUCCAUCAGAUUAUAAAUCCUCACUCAUAGCACUGACAGCCCAUAACUGGCUACUUCGUAUAUCAGCAAGUACGGGAAGAGUCCUUGAGAAAAUAUAUCUUGCUUCGUAUUGCAAAUUCAGAUACUUGAGCUGGGACACUCCUCAAGAAGUCAUUGCAGUCAAGUCAGCUCAGAACAAAGGCUCAGCAUUGACCCGGCAGGCAGGCCUUCCACAGCCUGUUUUGCUGUACCUUGCAGUGUUCCAUGUUCUACCUUUUUCACUCAUAGGGAUUCUGGAGAUCAACAAAAAGAUUUUCGGGAACGUUACAGAUGCUACCUUAUCUCAUGGAAUACUGAUUGUGAUGUACGGCUCAGGACUGGUCAGACUCUAUAGCUUCCAAGCCAUCACUGAACAGUUCAUGCAACAGAAACUUGACUUAGGGUGUGCAUGCAGAUGGGGUGGGACUGCUGGAACUGUGGGAGAGGCUCCUUUUGGCAUUCCUUGUAAUAUUAAACUCACAGACACGCCACCACUGCUCUUUGAGGUGUCCUCCCUGGAGAAUGCCUUUCAGAUUGGAGGCCACCCUUGGCACUACAUCAUCACACCUAAUAAGAAGAAACAGAAGGGAGUUUUCCAUAUUUGUGCCCUUAAAGACAACUCCUUGGCUAAAAAUGGGAUCCAAGAAAUGGAAUGUUGUUCUCUAGAAUCUGACUGGAUCUAUUUUCACCCUGAUGCUUCUGGAAGAAUAAUACAUGUUGGCCCAAAUCAGGUCAAAAAUAAAAAUGCAAAUUAUCUACAGGCAUACCUCAGAGAUAUUGCAUGUUCGGUUCCAGACGACAGCAAUAAAGCAAGUAUUGCAAUAAAAGUUUUAAAGCUAAAUGAAAUAGAAAAUAAUCGUGGCCAGCAUCAGAUCUCUGAAGAUUUUGUCAUAUUGGCCAACAGAGAGAACAAAAAUGAAAACUUACCCACUGUUACUGCAUCUGGACGGGUGGUUAAAAAAAAAUUUAAUCUUCUGGAUGAUGACCCAGAACAAGAGACUUUCAAAAUUGUGGACUAUGAAGAUGAAUUGGAUUUGCUUUCUGUGGUAGCUGUUACUCAAAUAGAUGCCGAAGGAAAAGCUCACCUUGAUUUCCACUGUAAUGAAUAUGGAACUUUACUUAAAAGCAUUCCACUGGUGGAGUCAUGGGAUGUGACAUACAGCCACGAAGUCUACUUUGACAGAGACUUGGUCCUACACAUAGAACAGAAACCCAGCAGGGUCUUUAGCUGCUAUGUUUACCAGAUGGUGUGUGACCCUGGGGAAGAAGAAGAAGCCACAAACAGAAGUUGAGAAAAAGAGAAUACAUUGCUCACCAAGGAACCCUGUUUCCUUUCGUGAAGACCAGCAUUGGAGAACAAACCUGGUUCCUAAGGGCACACGCCUGACUGUUCCACAUGACUGGUGGAGCUGGACGACAUGACACCAGAGAAGAGGCUCCAUAAAACAUUGUAAUAAAUAAUACGACUGUUUUCUUUAAAGACUGUGUUCAUGUUAUUUCUAAAUCAGGGAAAUUUCUGUUCUAAUAUGAAAGCAUAUUAAACAAGCUGUACCCUUUCCCCAAUAACUAUAUUGGAUCUCAAUGUGAUUUUAAAUUUAGUUUUCCUUAUUAACUAAUGGUAAGCACAUUCUCAUGUGUUUAUUUUCCAUGUGUAAAUUUUACAUUUUAUUAACAAACUAGAGGCCCAGCGCAUGAAAUUCGUGUGCAGAUAUGGUCCCUAGGCCUGGCCUGAGAUCAGGGCCACGCCCCCAGCUUUGUCAGGAAGGAUGUCCGGCCUAAUUAGCAUAUUACCCUUUUAUUAGUAUAGAUUUAUUGAGGCAUAUGGACAUACAAUAAAAUGAACAUAUUUAAAGUGUACAAUUUGUUAAGUUUUGACAUGUAAACAUCACUAUAAUCAAAAUAACAAACAUAUCCAUUACCCCAAAGAGUUUUCCCUCCCUCCUGCCCCUCUCUCCUCUUUCUAAGGCAACCACUGCUCUGUGUCUGUCACUUUAGGUUAGUUUGAGUUUUCUAGAAUUUUAUAUAAGUGGAAUCACACAGUAAAUACUUUUCAGGGGGCUUCUUUCACUCAGUAUAGUUGUUUUGAGAUCAUCUGUGUUGCAUGUACCAAUAGUUCAUUUCUUUUUAUUCCUUGGCAGUGCUCCAUUGUUUGUUUAUGACCACAAUUAAAUGCCUUUACCUGUUAAUGUUCA